AAAAUGCUGCAGCGCACAUUGCAAAAAUAUCCAGACCCGUGCACUAAGGAAAGUGGCCAACGGUGACAACAAUGACCAGUGUGAACAAUGACAUGCUUCAACUGCCGGCCUAGUCACACUGCAGAGAAACAAAGAAGCGACAAAGAAGUUGCCAUGAUGACAAUGCCCAGUGACACAAUGCUGCAUUCUCCUGUGUACGAGCCUACCGGACUGCGCAUUGGCAAUAAGGCCUGCCUAUGUGGCAGACUGCGUUAGUUCCGUCCCUUUUGCCUCGAGUUAUUUUUUAACAAGCAGUCCUACUAUUUUUAUGGAUCUUGUGCCCAACUCUGACAAAACAACAUGUGGCAAGUGCUAGACACAACAAUGCGCCAGGGAAACGAAAGCUCUCUCCCGAUGGAGAUGUGCUCCAACUUCGACGCCGACGAAAUCAAAAGGCUCGGCAAGAGGUUCAAGAAGCUAGACCUUGACAAUUCUGGUUCCCUGAGCAUCGACGAAUUCAUGUCCCUCCCAGAGCUCCAGCAAAACCCCCUAGUACAGCGUGUAAUAGACAUAUUUGACACAGAUGGAAAUGGGGAAGUGGAUUUCAAAGAAUUUAUUCAAGGAGUAUCGCAAUUUAGCGUCAAAGGCGACAAGGAGUCAAAGCUCAGAUUUGCCUUCCGGAUUUACGACAUGGAUAACGACGGCUUCAUCUCCAAUGGCGAGCUGUUCCAGGUGCUCAAGAUGAUGGUCGGCAACAACCUCAAGGAGGCCCAGCUGCAGCAGAUCGUCGACAAGACCAUCCUGUUUGCCGACCGCGAUGAGGACGGCAAGAUCUCCUUCGACGAGUUCUGUUCGGUUGUUGGCAACACAGAUAUCCACAAGAAGAUGGUGGUGGACGUUUGAUGGCCUGUCGCGAAGGCGUGCCCGUAUCUCGACGACUUGAUUUUAUCGCGGCCCGUUUUCCCCUUCCGGAACACUUCAAACGUGUGCUCCCUUGUUUCCUGCCGUUAUCUCUGCUCCAGUCGAAGAGGAAAGCCGAUGAUGAUGAUAAGCAGCGGCAGGUCCGCGACCUGCAGCCGUGUGUGACACGGAAUGCAGACGCGAAGCGUCCCGGAGUUUCUGGCGCACGCACGCCGCUGGGCGGAAACUUGGCGCUGCUUUCGCCGCUUUGCGACGAGCCUGGUAGUCGGCCUGCACUGAUGUCAUUGCGUGGCGUCCACGUCGGUGAACGGCGAUUGCGCUGCAGUUUCGCCCGCUUAUCUCUUAGAUUGUGGCAAAAAGAUAUGAGAGGGCGUUGCCCCAGCCUAACCGCCUGCCAUGACGUCAUGUGCAAGCCACCCGAGAUGGAGACGCGGAAGGAUUUUACCCUUAAAAUGCUGUGUCUUGUGAUGUCAUCAUUCUAGCUCUGCAGCUCGCUUCACUUGUGACAAAUCAAAACGCUGGGGCCUGGCUCACGGUAGUACGCUUGCGUUAAAGUCGAGUUCGGUUUAGCUAAGAGAUGUGUACCAAUAGGCCUGUACAAUAGAAAUCGCUUUCUACUGUGGUGUGCCGUAGGCUUUUUUUUAAAACAGCAAUGUCGCUUGCCAGUUAGCAUUGUGCCUGUGGUCUGGUGCAUGAACCAGAACUCGCCAGUUGUGCAUGCUGUGAAACCUCGAAAAAUAAGUUAACUGGCAUAGGUGUUGAACCCAAAUUCGUGGGUCUGCAAGCUGCCACAGCACCUGUGGUGUGAGAUGUGAAAUCUAUAUGCCAGAGAUGUGCCUCACCAUUGCAGUUUUUCUGUCUUGUUCUUUGUGGGUGCAUAUGUCUGCUAGUUCAUGACUUGGCCAUGGAUAAUGGCCAUGCUCUAAUGUGUUGCGUUUCACAGGUGACGGUGGCAGGGUUUGCAAACUCGCAUGUGAACUGCAACGUAGUGAGCAGGAGGUGCAGUCUGCGCUGGUGGUAAGCUGCGGAAUGUGUCGGCCACGGCACAUUGACAGCUUCACUAAAAUUGAUACCACGGCAUCGCAGAGGUGCACGCCGUGCAUCACCUCGUCAUGCAAGAAUUCGCAUGAUCGGCCGAUAGCAGCGCCAAAAUCCAGCCGCGUGCGUCGACUCCGCGCGUCUCAUCUGGUUGGAUGCACACUUAGAUAUAUGCAUAUAUAUUCUGAAUAUCGCGUCGAUAAGGAAUUCAGGUAUAAACGGCUCUUACUGGCCAACUGCUGGCUUGUUAGUGCUCAGAUUUCACAUGCGUGGGGCUCUUCAAGGUGAAAUUUAAGUAGCACCACCUUCUUAUGUGGUAUAUUACUUGCUUAAUCUUGUAUGAAUGACAAGCAUGCAGUAUGCUUACAGCAAUGCCAGGUGGCAAAAAUUUUCUCUGUGUAAGAGAUGGCAGCGCCAACUCUUCCAAAAGAAUGAAACGCCCUUCACUUAAUGGAUUCUAUGUCAAAUGCUUUUGCCUUAAUUGCAAAAGAUGGUGCCUCUGUUCCCUCAACCUUAGGCAGACAGCGUGCACUUCGAACCAACCUCCUUGAAAUGGGAAAGUACUUCUUUCAAACUUGCCAUCAUAUUAAACUGACUGGAAUGCCAGCUCUGUGCAAAAUUAGAGCGCUAGUAAGCUGUUGCCUUAGCUAGAGCAGCAAUUCAUACUCGAUUCCCUUAUCAAUGCGACAUUCAGUUGUAUUCAACAACAUUCAACAUUCAGCCUUGGCUCCCUUCCCUCUCUCGUAGAGGCACAACCUUGUUCCAAGUUUCUUCACGCAUCAAGCUGGCAUCAGGUCUUGGCACAUCCUCAUGUAGCUCGUGGGUUUAUAUAUUUGACAGCCAUUUUCUUUUUCAAUAUUAGCAUGGUUAAUAGCAGGAUGUUCGUACAGAAAAGGUACAGCGCCGAAGAAAAGGGCUGUAUAAGCAUGACAUUUACAGACAAAAAAAAAACAAUGCAGGCGGAACAGUCAAGUGAAGCAUAAGCUGGCAACGAACUUGUAUGUCUGCUCUUCACUUUCAUCUUUUGUUCACGUCAUGUGCGUUUUUAUUUUUCCCUCUAUAUUACAUCAUUUAUGGUUACAGUAUAUACACCUUGGUGUCGCAUACAAACUCUGCGUUUUUGAAGCUCAUACACCAACAUUUCAUGCAAAAAGCUGCCUCGCUGCAGGUACCACAGCAGACUGGGGCUGCACCGUGUGACCUGACGCCUUCUUGAUGCGCCACAAUAUUGUUCAUGUGGUGGGCGAUUAACUCGUGCUUUUUUUCAUCUGGCAAUGUCACUUCGAUCAGAUGGGCAUCAAGCCCCACCAGCCAGCCAGCCAUCUAUUUUUUUCUCACCGGAAGCACCCCCUUGUGUCUUGGGCUGAGUUCACCAGUCAAGCGCGCGUGUUCACACUUGUUCAAUUGUUUAUAGCGCGUCGCGUUGAUGCUAGAGGGAGCGACGUAACGUGGAACUCUAGUCGCCAUGUGGCACUCACUCCUGCGCUGCAAUUUUACUUCCAUUUUUCUAUCCCGGCCCGCCCUUUCCCUGUAAGCCUUCUAUGUGAAACCUUGUCUGGAGAGUUGCCUCUUCAAUGUUGUCAAAAUAAUGUGCAGUUUUCUUUUUCUUCACGUGCCAUGGGCGCCGCUAUAGCUUUUGUUUUAGGAACAGUGACCAAUGUCUGAUCGCUGCUGCUUUUCGUAUGUGAGUGACUGCGCUAAUUCAUAACCGUUGACCAUCCGCAACCUGGUUGGUCGUGCUGUCUCAACUAUCAAAGGGGCUUGGCCCAAGUACCAGGUUAACGCCUUUGUUCAGGCAUUAAGCAGUCUUUAUAUGAAUCUGUAGCCUUUAUUGCAUUUGAACUUUAGCAGAGGGCAAAGCUUUUUCAGUGUGCACCACCCAGCGAAGUUACAUUUCUGGUUUGUUGGACAGUCACAACAAACUUCAUGGUAAUCCCGCUUUUUGAGGGAACUCUGGAAGGACACGGUGUGUACACACAUUCUGCGAGUAGGGCUGAAAACCUCACUGCAAUGAAGCGAGGGGCAUUUAGCAGAUGCAGUUGUCUCAGUACCAAAGCUGUGUCCAUUUAGUGGUCCAUUUCAUCUGUCCUACACCUCGUGAACUAGUUGACACCUGUUCAAUGCCAGCUCUCGAUUGUGCAUAACCAGCCCAACACCUUCAGCAUGGAUUCCUGCACUACUUCCUUCUGUGAGUGCUGAACCCUAAAGGGUGAAAAUUGGAUUCCAAAGGGUGCUGCAAGCACUGUGAACCCAUUUUUCGCGAAGCCUGCACCAUCUGUGGAGGGUGGCUACACACAGCUGCAACAACACCGCAUUGGCGAAAGGCGUAACCUACUGCGUAGUGCAGGCAUAUUAGAUGGGCCUCUUACUCUUUCGCCGUUUACUGACUGGUGCCAUAGACCCCAGAAAAGACCUUACAGUUGGCACACUCGGCCAACUUUAAGACUUCAAACAAAAUUGUUUUCGUAAACUCUGCAACCCUUCUGGUGCCUGAAAAGCGGUGUGCGUGUAAUCAAGUUAUGGUUUGACCACCUAAACACUUACCCACAUUCUCAAAAAACAGUUGCUCCUUUCAGGGUGUAAUUUUGACCCACGAAAACUGUCGCUCUUGUGAGUCUCUCCUUUUGAGCCGCCACAACGCUGUGUGGCCUGUGUUCAUAACAAUGAAACUUGGUCUUGAGACUAACGGGUGCAAACUAGACUCCCAAGAGUGCCACAGGGAAGGAGCGCUUACCUUGAUGGCUCAGCAGCCACAACAUUCAGCAUUCUGAACACAGGGUUGCAGGUUCAACCACCUGUCAUAUGUGAACCUGAUUAAAUUGAAAUGCAACUGCAUACUUAAGUUAUAGUGUAUGUUAAAGAAUCGCAGGUGGGGUAAACCUUUCUCCUGAGCCUUCCUGUAGACCAGAACUCGCAGCAAUUCUAAGGGGCAGCCAUCAUUUGCCAGGGACUGCCAGAACUGGUGCAUGAAACAAAGGAACACCUGCGAUAGUGCCCAGCCUACUGGUUUCGCAUGCUUGCUGCCGGUGUUGACUUGCCAUGGCUUCGUCGUCAGCUACAUUCUUGUCUAAUUGGCAGCCCAGUGCGAGUGCAGAUAGCUGGCGACGGGUCAUUAUUAAGCGUUCUUGCACUUUAUAGAUGUGUCAAAAUAACAGAUUCAGGUCUGUGUAGCAUUGACGCUAUUUAGUGUACUUAGCUUUGGGUGCCUGUUACAAAACUGGGUGAUUGAAAUAAACCCAGAGCCACUCCAUAACAGCAUCCCUGAUUUGGUUCUAUGGGAUGUUAAACCCAAUAAUUUUAUCGUAGCUAUAUGUUAAGGGCAACCGACCCUAUCAUUUUAUACUGAAAAUGGAGGGCGACAUCAAUCUGGUAAAAAAAAAAAAGCUACAGAACAUGUACCAAAAAUCAUAGUUGAGGCCACAAACUUCCUUUAGUUACAGGCACACUGCUACUGCUUUGGCGGUAAAAGUGUCCAUGUCUCAAUGGAUAUGCUGCUUGCAAGAAGACAACCACUGCUGCUUCAUCUCGCCUUCAUUGCAGCGAGGUUUUCACAUCAUAGAAAUCCAAAUGAGCUUUGUGGUUGGGCAUGGAACACCACAGAAAUGUCUCCGAAGGCUUAACGAAGCUUGUUCAUGGACGAGUGCUUGUGCUGGCGAUCUCAUGUUUGCUAAUGAAGCCUUGUAUCGUCUCUUCCUAUGAGUGCGAGUGCAUACUUGUAUUUUCAGCGGGAGUGCACCUCUGGGGCUGUUCUGAGGCAUGUUUUGUACAUGCAUGUCACUUCAUAGCUUCAUUCAGAACUAAGAACAGGAUAGUGUGCAGGGUUUGUCCUGCAUUUCAUGCCUUUCUGCACAUGUAACACACCUUUAUUGUUUUUGUUUUUUCAUUCAAGCAUUGGUGAAUAAGUUUAGAUUGUUGCAUCACUGUCAAUUCUGCAUUCUUUGACCAAAAAAAGAAGUGCUUGCUUAAUAAUGGGGAAUAUUAUGGUUAGGCUUCCUUCAAGCUUAGCUCACUUGUUGCAGUUGCUUGGUGGACCCAGUGUUCUGGUAUAAAGCAUGAGGUCGCGUGUCUGAUUCCCAGCGUCUCGUAACCUGUGUGUUAUAUGGGAUGUUCAACCUCGCACAGCUGGAGUUUGAAGUCUUCUAAAUUACUGCGUUAGUGAAAUCGUGACUUUGCAGGUUUCAUGGUAUUGCAUAGUCAGCUUCUGUUUACGUGGCAUGGCUCCCAAAACUUGCCAGAUCGAGUUUUAUUUAAAGCGCACAAUCUUUCCUUAUUUGUAAACAGUUAAGCAGCCCCAGGCAGGCAUUGCCAGAAUUUUUAUGACGUCGCGAGUACCUGGUGCAAGAAACUUCACAGUGGUGUCGCUAGUAGUCUUCUGUCAUUGCAUCCUCCGUGGCACAUCAAGCCUCCUGUGACAGUAAGACUGGCCUAUAUGUAAUUUGUAGGCACUUAACCGUAUGUAACGAAUGUUCGUGAAUGUGUGUUUGUGAAUUACCUAAUAGUAAUUCUUAGUGGUAGCAUGUCAGUAUUAUUUAUUGCAUUUUGCAUGUACGAUUCUCAAGCAAUCAGUGAUUUCUCUAAUGCUGAAGAUAACUUCCGCCUUACUAGGCUUUGUGCAGCCUAUUCCUGGCUUGCUGUGUAUAAAGGAAAUUUUGCUGCCGUUGACACAUAAGAUACGGCGGUGCCCAUGGUAUGUGCAGGGUUAUCUGCAAAGCUCCCGUGAUGUCAUAGCCCUGGAAUGACUCAGUUUCCUUGGCCCAUGCAGUUUCAUGCAAAGAAAACCAGGCGACUAUCUGGUGCUCAAAGUGCUUCGCCACUGCUGAAGCCAAUCCAUUAUAAGACAAGAGAAACAAAAGCACUACCGCUGCCCGAUUCAUUCAAGACAUUCUAAUCCAGUUGCUGUGACGCUACACAAGGGUGCGCUUGUGCCAGUUCAGUGGCCACAUUGGAAACUUCCAUCGACAUUGGCACCAGAUAUUUCCCCUGGCAGCUUUGGUACGAAGUUCUGCGGGGUUCAGGGUCAUCGCGUCACGCUCUUCCUCUAGUUUUUCCUUUCUUUCUUUUGUCGAUCCUUCUCAUCGACACACACACCGUUCUUUACCCCUCUUUUCUCCUCAAUGCUCCGUCUCUUGCCAGCCACAUUUUUUUUUUUUUUUGUCUCAAGAUUCUGUGUUGUACGUGUCAGCCAUCCACAAAAUGCACAUAAGGGCGCAUUCACGCUUGCAGUUAGUUACCGAGCAGUGUCUGCUUUAUUUGCUCUGUGCGCAUUGCUGCGGCAAGGUGCAUUACACCUUGCCGCAGCGAUGGCAGUUGCACCGCUGGAAUAAAAAAAUUAGUUUUCGUUUUCUUCUAGUGUACACGCUGCUAUUGCGAAAUAAAUGUGCCCGUAUUUGCCAAAGGGCAGUCACGUAAUUGCAUACCACCCAGCGUAUCUGAGUGCUUUUUCACGACCCUGUGCUUCGAUUGCGAUUGGCUGUCUCGCGUGCUCUUGCUGCGCGGUAUAGUGACGCACCAUGGUGGAGCAUGCACAUGAUUUCUUUGCUUCCUCGUGAGUUCACUUGUUCCACAUGGCACAGAUGAUGUCGUUGCCUCCCGGUCUUGCGUCUGAACCGUCAUGCCAAUGCCUUGAUGCACAGAGGCAACGAAGUCCUUCAAAAGCGGUAUUCAGCGACGUUCGAUUUUAUUUUUCAUUCUUCUAUUUCAUAUUUUUCUUCGCCUGAAUUUCGGGCGACAGAAAAUAGAGCUGGCAGGGACAGAACGCUCAUCCAAAUGCAGCCUGACGUGGUCCUUUGUUCUGUUUUUUUCCCAUGCCCUUUCGUCAUUGGCUUGAAUGUCGACGCCCUGCCGUUGUCAUCGAGACUGUCCACUCGGUGCGACAGAUAACACAAAACUAAAUGGAUCGUCACAAACUGCGACCAUUUGUGUGCUUAUUUUAUUUUUUCAUUUUGUCUGCGUAGUAUUGGAAAGAUGCACCUUUUUUUUAGCUACUACUCUCCCGCUGGCGAUGGAGUGAUUACACUGUCUCUUCUGUGGACACCGCUGAGUAACACCUCUUUGCAAGUGUGAAUGCACCCUAAAAGGAGUGUCCCAUGUGUCCCUGCUUUGAAGGGAGCGCAGCGCAGCCGCCUUUCACGGUCCCACUUUACCACUCUCGUAGAGCACGCAAAAAUGUGGCUCUGACUAGGUGUAUUUGUUUUCGUUUAGUGCUUUUUUUUUUUCUUUUAUCACUACAGCGCGGUUUGACGCGACGUAUAUACGAGGCGUUUUGAUGUGUGCGUGCGUGCAUGUGUGUGAGCGUGUGUUUUUGUCCCGCAUGAAAAAAAAGAAGCUAUGACCUUAUAAAGGGGUACGAAGAAGAAAAUAAAACAGAAAGGUACGAAUUUAUUGCAGCGCAUUGUUUAGCUCGUAAUUGUACCAUACGUCUGUAAAUACUCUUUGCCCUCAACUAAAAACUUGCACUCUCCCAAA